AUGGCUCCGAUCAAGACCAUUGAGUACUUCCGCGUCAAACCCCGCUGGCUGUUCGUCAAGAUAGUCGACGCAGAGGGUCAUGUUGGAUGGGGAGAAGCGACACUGGAAGGACACAGUCAAGCUGUAGAAGGCACACUAAAUGGCUACAUCACUCGUUUUGUGGGACUUGAGGCCGAAGAUAUUGAGCAUAUAUGGCAGCUUGCUUGGCGACACAGCUUCUACCGUGGUGGCCCUGUAUUCAUGAGUGCGCUUGCCGGUAUCGACAUCGCGCUCUGGGAUCUCAAGGCUCGCAAACUUGGUGUACCCAUCCAUCAGCUACUCGGAGGCAAAGUCAGGCAGAAGCUUCAGGUGUAUGCCUGGAUCGGAGGUGAUCGUCCUUCUGAUGUUGCAGAAGCUGGCAAAGAACGACUUGCCCAAGGAUUUCGUGCUGUCAAGAUGAACGCGACAGAAGAUGUGGGAUGGCUAGAUUCACCUUCCAAACUGGAUUCUGCUGUAGACAGAGUCAAGACUGUCAAGAGCUUGGGAUUAGACGUCGCUCUGGAUUUCCAUGGAAGACUUCAUAAAGCCAUGGCGAAGCAACUGGCGCACAAACUAGAAGGCUGCGAUGUUCUGUUCCUCGAAGAGCCGCUGUUGAGUGAGCAUCCCGAGGGUAUCAAACAACUCUCGAACUUGACCAGCUCGCCCAUUGCACUCGGCGAGAGAUUAUACAGUCGCUGGGACUUCAAGAGAUAUCUGGAAGGCAAGUUACGACGAAUUCUAUAUGCUUCGGUAGAUGUCCUCCAACCUGACAUUUCACAUUGUGGAGGCAUCUCUGAGUUGAGAAGAAUUGCGGCCAUGGCUGAAACUUAUGAUGUUGCCAUUGCACCACAUUGCCCCCUUGGACCCAUCGCUCUCGCAGCUUGUUUGCAAAUCGGCCUUUGCACACCCAAUCACAUGAUCCAAGAGAUGUCCAUGGGCAUGCAUUACAACACCGAGGCUGGCGAACAUGAUCUCCACAGCUAUAUACUCAAUCCAGAGAUUCUCAAGGUCAAAGAUGGAUACUUGGAUGCCCUCACUGGACCAGGUUUGGGCAUUGAGGUUGAUGAGGAGGCUGUGAGAAGAGUAGCUGCGAACACACAGCCUUGGGAGUUGCACGGAUUCGUCGGUGUGGAUGGCGGUUUGAGAGAAUGGUAA